GCGCCGGGCUGCUGCACCGCGCCGGGCUGCUGCCCCGAACCCCGGCUGCCUUCCCCCGCACGUGCGAGGCAGCAACAGCCACAAAGCUCUCGCUGACCUGCAAAACGCAGCUCGCAGGUUCUCGGAUACCCUGCGAAACAGAGGUGAGAACGCCGCCGGGCUCUGUGCAGGGUCUCUGAGCCCUGCAGGGCUCCUGACGAGGGCGGGAGCUGCAGCCGGGAGCUGCGCGCGCCGGUCGUUGCCCGCCGCCCGAGCAGCUCACCCGCCUCCGCAGGCGGAGCGCUCCGCGCGCCGCUGGAGGGGGGAGCUCGCGGGGCGGCGCUUCCCGCCAUUUCCGGCCGGCGGGCCGCGCGCCGCCGCCAUGCCGAUGAAGGGCAGGUUCCCCAUCAGGCGGACGCUGCAGUAUCUCAACCAGGGCGACGUCAUCUUCAAGAGCUCGGUGAAGGUGAUGACCGUGAACUACAACACGGCGGGGGAGCUGAGCGAGGGGGCGAGAAAGUUCGUGUUUUUCAACAUACCCCAGAUCCAGUACAAGAACCCCUGGGUGCAGAUCAUGCUGUUCAAGAACAUGACCCCCUCGCCCUUCCUCCGGUUCUACUUGGACAAUGGAGAACAAAUUUUGGUUGAUGUGGAAGAGAAAACCAACAAAGAGAUAAAGGAACACAUUAAAAAAAUCUUAGGGAAAAGCAAAGAAACACUUGAAAAAGAGGAAAGAGAAAGGAAAAAACUAUCACAUCCAGCAACUUUUGGGCCUAAGAAGUAUCAUCUGCGAGAAUGCAUGUGUGAAAUUGAAGGUCAAGUUCCUUGCCCUGCUUUUGUGCCACUGCCCAAAGAGAUGAGGGGAAAAUACAAAGCUGCUAUGAAAAACGAAGCAUCAGCUUGACGUCUCAAGUCAUGCAGUUGGUUUUCUUCAGGGCUGGAUGACUGAGGUACUUCUGUGAGAGACAAGACCUAACAACUCCUGGAAACGGGAACAAGGAAGUUAAUGUAAUACAGACAACCUCAUCUCCCAAGUCUUCUUACUGCUACAACCAGAAUAAUUAAAGUGAAUAAUAAAUAAAAAUUAAAAAUCCA